AUGCUUCUAAAACAGCACACUCUCCUACGCAGACAUGCUGCUCUACAGAUCGGCCGCCAAUUCCAUAAAACGACGGGCUCGGAUCGUAUUCUCAAAUUGUUCGAUAGCCCCAAAUACUUCGCCAACUUCAACCAAUCAGAUCGACUGGUCUUUUCGCUGCCCAACGUUGGGCUCUUCCGAAAUGAGAAGCUCACGUCUCCAGAUGGACUCAUAUCGUUCUCCAAAGGAUCGCUCAAGAAGGCCAAGGAAUUGGUGCGUACCAUGCUCCUUGAAGCCAAAAACACCGAUGUGGGAAAACUCAGCUACAUCCGUAAGUUGGACCAGCUCAGUGAUACCCUAUGUAGAGUGAUAGACGUAGCCGAGUUUAUCCGGGUCGCCCAUCCAAGCCAGAAAUGGGUGGAGGCUGCUCAGCAGACCCACGAGAUUAUGUUUGAGUACAUGAACCAACUCAACACCAACGUAGAGCUCUAUGAGACCCUUGUGCUGGUUUUAGAUCUGCAUUUGCGUGGCCGCCUCUCGGACGAGGAAAUCGAGGUGGGAAAUUACUUGCGUCAAGAUUUCGAACGUUCCGGCAUUGCAAUGGAUCCAACAACUCGUGAAAGUUUCGUUGCUAUCACUCAAGAGAUCUCCCUUUUGGGGUCUCUGUUCAACAACGAGAUACACAAUUUACCCUCUUUCUGGGUCAAUGUCGAUAAGGCCACAUUCGAGAGCUCUUGCUCAGCAGCAUUGAAGCGAGACAUUCUUGAUUUGCAAAUGAAGGCGCCACUGGCUUCGCUGACAGAAGUCAGUAUCCCGCUAGCAGGACACUACCCGUUCUCGGUUUUGUCGACCUGCUCAAGUGAAGACAUCCGGAAGCAGGUGUGGAUCGCUCUUCACGACUCUUCAAAAGAUCAAAUUGCCACUCUCAAUGGGUUCUUGAAAUAUAGGGCCUUCUUGGCCAAGAUGUUGGGUUACAAGUCCUUCGCUGACUAUCAGUUAGAACAUAAAAUGGCAAAGACCCCUGAGAAUGUUGUCACUUUCUUGCGAAAUGUGCAAAAGCAUCAACUUUCAGAGAAAUCCGAUGUCAUCAAAGAACUCAGGAGUCUCUACAAGUUCAAAGACGAGUCUCACUUUUGCUCUUCGGACGAGACUAUCUUGAACAAUUUGAAGCCUUGGGAUCGAGACUAUUUGCUUGAAAAACAGUCGCAGGCAAAUGAACAAGAUCAAGCUCAGCUUGAAGACAUUUCUCCUUACCUCUCCAUCGGCACUGUGAUGAGUGGUUUGGACAAAAUAUUCAAAAGCAUUUACAACGUCUCCCUUGUACCCGAGCAGACACAUAAGGGUGAAACUUGGGAUCAGACACAUGUUAGGAAACUCAGCUACAAGGAUCUAGAGACUAAUGAAACUUUGGGCUACUUAUACGUGGAUUUUUGGUCAGACAAGGUCCUUCCCUCUCAUUUCACGAUCGCAUGUUCGCGUGAACUCAAUCUUGAUUUGAGCACAGAGUCGUCCUCCGAAAUACAGCGGGAGGUUCAUCUUAGCAACGACGGUACUUAUCAGUUGCCAGUUAUUUCAUUGGUAUGCAACUUUUCAAAAACACCCGCAGUUGGUUCGAAGAGUCAGGUAGGUGCCCAAAUGAGACGCUUGGCUGGUUUAGAAGGUGAUUACGGCGCUACAUUGUUAUCAUUAGAACAAGUGAGUACCAUUUUUCAUGAGAUGGGCCAUGCUACUCACUCCAUGUUGGCUCGUACAAAGCUUCACAAUCUUUCAGGAACCCGCUGUCUGACUGAUUUCGUAGAACUCCCAUCAGUUUUAAUGGAACUGUUCAGUGUGGACCCUCGUGUCUUGUGUCGUAUCGCUAAGCAUUACCAGACUGGCGAGCAUCUCCCUGAAGAUUUGCUCAAGGCUCACAGAGAGAAGCUGAAUGCCUUGCAGCACACAGAAACAUAUAUGCAAUCCAAAAUGGCUCUCCUUGACCAAGUUUUGCAUGGUGAUAUUGUCCCAGAUUUCUCAGACAACGAGGCACUUGAAAGAUUCGACUCUACCUUAAUAUACCACAAUCUCGAGAAGGAUCUCAAGGUCUUUGCCGAUAAAUGGUCGACCUGGCAUGGAAAGUUUCCACACCUCUUUUCGUAUGGAGCUGUUUAUUACUCGUACUUGUUCGAUAGAGCUAUUGCAGACAGGCUCUGGAAUGGACUCUUCAAAAAAGACCCUUGGAGCAGAGCUGCCGGUGAGAAGUACAAACAAAGCAUCUUGAAAUGGGGAGGCACCAGAGACCCCUGGUUGUGUUUGGCAGACGCAUUAGAUGAAGAGCAAUUGGCAAAAGGAGAUGCCAACGCGAUGGCCAUAAUUGGGGGCUCUAAAGACUAG